GCGAAGCAUCACACGACAUUACACAUAAUUGAUGCGAAAAGUUCUCUUCCACUUCCGUUAUUCAUAGCAGGCAGCAUUUGUGUUUUGCGUUUGCCACCAAGUCGUGCUCAAUGUUGUUUGUUUGAGAAUGAAAAAAACAUAAACAGAGAACAUACGGUGUGUAGGUAUAAUGAAAUUGGUUAAAAUGGGAGAGUAUGAAUGGCUCCCAUUGGGAGAGAUUAUAUUCUAAUGAGAACACUUUUGAAACGGAAAUAAAGAGCGGGAAAGAGCUGGAAAGUGAAUGAUGCGAAGAAGAAUAUUUGCAAAAAUUGCUGGGUACAUGUAACUCGAAAUAUGUUGUGGAAAUCUGGGCACACGAAGAAGAUGGUAAAUAUGUAUGUGCAACACAAUUGAGAAAAUUGAGAGCACACCAAAUACACCUUUGCUGGUGCUGGGAUAUCACAGUUAUUCUGUUUUCGAGUGUCGACGUGAAAAGAACGUUAAAUUUCGAGUACGGACGGUUGUUGAUUUCAGAAAAAAGCGCUGCUUAGUGCAGUUAUUCUAACUGGAAGAACAAAAAGAAGAAGAAGAAAAAAAUAAAAAAAAAACAAAAGCAAAUACUUACCAAUGGAAACGGUUUUGAUGAAAGAAGUGCAAAAAUUUUCAAAAUAAAACAAAAACGAAUCCUUUUUCGUUGCCAAAAGGAUUGGUGGAAAAUCUAAGGAAACCGGAAAAUCUAAGAGAAAAGAACAAGAAAAAAUCUCAUUGAGUAUCCCCCCAUUUCCCACCCUCACUAAUCCAAAAUCUAUGUGACUUAUCCCGUCAAAGAAAAAACAGAAAAUCAAUAAAUUAAAGUUCAAUUUCAAGCAGAUAAGCCCUCCCGAAACUCAACAGCUCGCGUGAGGGCCAAGUGUUAAAAAUUUCACAACAACACCAGCAACAACAUGGAUAGCUCUCCGGAUCUAUCCCUGAAAUUGCGGCGUGGAUCCAGCGAUUCACGUGACAACUUCUAUAUGGAUUUUGCUCAAGGCAUUGAUUCCGACAUCGAAGAGGUGGACAAUACAGCUCUGGAUCAGGCCACAGCUCCACCCUUGCCGUUGGUGGGUGAUGGCAUGGAUUACAUGGUCAUACCACCUCCGCCCCCGCCCUCAGUUAUGACCAUAAUGCAGCAACAGCAGACCAUGGGCCUGCCCACCGUUAGUGAACACGACGAUACACCUCCAACACCACCGCCGCAGAUGACAGUCUUGCCCUCGCCACCAGCUUCGCCCACAACGUCCGUCUUGGAAAUGAUGCCACCGCCACCACUCUCCCCACCACCACCACCAGCAACCACUGCUUCAUCCUCCAUUCAUUCCAAUCGGGUUUUACCCCAGCCACCUUCACCACCUCUGGAGACGGAAGAUGAAGAAGAUGACGAUGAUGUCGAGGAGGAAGAUGAUGAUGGGGCUGAGGCCGAUAUUGAGGCCACCGAUAAUGUGGAGGAGACUCCGGAUGAAGAAACCUCUGGCAAGGAAACCGAUGACAAAGAGACAGAGGGUGAAGAUGACAAUGACGGUGAUGAUGAGGGUGAUAAAGAUUCUCCACCUCCACCAUUGCCACCCAUACCCUCCCAUCUAACCUACAAUCGACCACAGUCAACGCAUCAGGCCAACAAUGAUGAAGACGACGACGAUGAUGAGGAUGACAGCCACUUGCCCAAGCCAAUGCAGGGUCGCACACCUUCCACCUCGCCCUCGCCACCUGUAACACCCCCACCAUGUCCGGAACUUAGUUCCAUACAAAAAAUUGUCUCACCACCGCCCACACAUGUUUCACAGAUACCACCUUUAACCCCACCCUCGGAGAGUGAUCAAUCUCAGCCCAACUCUCCACCACCCAUAUCGAAACACUCACCUCUGACCAUGCCUUCAACACCACCACCACCACCCGAGUGUGAUGUGGUUGAUGAUGAACAGCCACCCACACCACCACCCGAGUUCGAUCAACAAGACGAUCCGAUCGAAGAUUCGAAACCAAAAGAACCAGACGAAGAUGAUGAACCGGAAAUAGAUUUAUCUGGUGUGUCCGGAGAACCCUCAAUGGAUUUGGUACAAGAGGUUCUGCAGGAGGCAGCCCAAAAGGCCAUCAAUGGUGAAGAGAAAUCCUCUCGGGAUGAUGAUUCCACCACCAUAACCACACCACCAACCAAUGGCUAUUCGGCCUCCUCCAUGUAUAAUCACCAGGCCGAGGAGCCCAUGGAUGAGGCGGAACAGGAACAACUAAUGGCCAAUAUACCACCACCAGCUGGCCUGGAAGAUCCCGCCGAAGAUGAGGAUGGCACCAAGACCCCUGUGUCGGAAACAAAGCCAUUAGAUCAGGAUGAACUAUCCUCAGAUAGGGCACCACAACCACCUUUGGAGGAGGGUAAUGAGGACAAUGAAAAAAGGUCAUCAAUGCCCGGAACACCAACAUCACAAGUUUCGCAACUCUCGCAGCCGACACCAACACCUACGGUGUCGGGUUCACCCAAACGUAAAAGUAGUGUUACAAGUGCAACAGGCGGAGGAGGAGGCGGCAGCGGCGCAGGAGGUAGUCGUGUUCCUAGUCGUAGUGUUAGUCGCAGUGGCAGUCGCAGCGGCAGCCGUACCGCCAGCCGCAGUGGCAGUAUACGAGGCGGUGCUGGCGGCAGCAUUAGCUCUAGGGCUGGCAGUAUUGCAGCAGCUUCGGUAGCAUCGGCUGCAGCUUCCAUUGUCUCAGCUUCGCAAUCCGUAAAAGCCGAGGCAAUUACCUCACCACCAAUUUCUCUAAAAUCCAUACGCAGUCCACCGGGUUCAAUACGUUCGCAUACAUCCAAGCACAGCCCUUCGCUGUCGCAAAAAAGUCAUCACACAGCAUCCGGCGAGGAGGCUAAAGUGGCAAGUCCAACUCAGUCGAAUGGAUCUGUUGCGGCACCCGUUCGCCUACAAAGUCCCCAGGAGGGUGACAGUCCACCGGCCAUGCCUUCACCUCCGAUUAUACGUAGUCCACCACAGGUUAAAAGUCCACCAUCAAUGCACAGUCCACCGCGUGUCACCAGUCCCCCCAAGGUAUAUAGUCCCCAGUUGAUAAGCAGUCCACCUAUGCGUCAGGAUGAUGUUGAUCCCGAGAAGGCGGAAAAACCUACUGCCACGGACUCAUUGCCAUCAACAUCUUCAUCGGCCUCGACCAGCGACACUCGGGCCACAGCAUCUUCGGCAUUGACAACAGCGGCGGCAACCACCACAUCCCUGUCUUAUCGUGAUGAACAGCCUCAGGCCAUUGUAACCACAGCUCAAAAAUUACCUACAGGUCGCCAAAUGAGCAGUCAUCACCACUAUCAUUUGCCCCACCAAUUUCAGCAUCCUCACCAUCAGAAUCAUCAUCCCCAUUCGCAUGGGGUAGCGGUGCCCACUCCCACAGUGCCAGCUUCAUACACCAGUUCAAGUUUGUUACACGAAUCGCGGCAUAUUCGAGCGGCCAGCAGCAGUGGCGAUGAGACGUUGCGACCACCACCACAACAUACCUCACCGGCCACCACGGUAACGCCUUCCCCAAAUCUUCUGGUAGCACCGGAUACAACGUCUCACACGUCGUCGGUGUCGCCUGCCAAAUUAUCGGCACGUAUACGUGAGUCGGGUUCACAGCAUCGUGUAACUAUCGAUGAAUCGAAUUUACCAGUGGCCUCGCAAUUGACUUGUGGCGGCGAUGAUGGGGGCGAUGGCGACGGUGGUGGUGGCAGCGGUGGAGAUGGCGGUCAUGGUUCGGGUCCUCCUUCGCCAGGCAUGUCGUCACAGCAGCAGUUGACAGGCGACGAACGCCAGACUGGUCAUUUAGCGUUAAUGUAUCACUCUAGUCAGCUGUCCAGUUAUCCAGUGUUGCCAGCCAUCAAGAGAACACAUCGUCCUUCGUUCAUCUAUCCACCAAUGCCGAGAGUUAAAAAGAGUGAUGCUUUGGCAACCUUAUUCUCAGCGUUGUAUGGCAAAUUAUUGGUUGUUAUGGGUAUUGCAUUUCCAAUGGCUGAAGUUAUCUCAACGUAUAUUCCGCCGUCAUUUUACGAGGUGUAUUAUUUAUAUCUUUACAUUGGUAGUAUGAUAUUCCUACUUUUCAUGUAUGCCACGCUGCUAUGGGGACGACCAAAAAUUCCGGCCAAUAUAGCUUCUCCCACAAAACUCUCGGCCAAGACCCGUUCGACUAGUGCUUCGGAGAGUAUGGAUGAAUCGGAUACGGAUAGUACAUCAACGCAUCGCAACAAGCGUAUGCCACCGGCCAUAUCAUCGGCGAGACGACCCUCUCUAUUAUCACCCCUGGGGCGGCAACAUCAUUACGGUAGUUUCUACUUGCGUAUGGGUGCUGUAGCCUUCGGUAUUGGUAGCAUGAUAUAUUCUGGCCUGGAAUUUGGUCAAUAUUUUGAAUUGAAUCCGGAUACAAAAUGUCACAAUGUUUUGUUGGCUCUGACACCCGCCACGAGAAUGGCAUUCAUUUUUAUUCAAAUGUAUUUUAUAUUUUUGAAUAAUGAGCAAAUCAAAGUCUAUCGCUAUAAAAUCAUAGCCCGUUUCGGAUUGAUGCAUAUGAUUGGAACGAAUCUUGCCGUUUGGCUGAAUGUCCUGAUACAGGAAACAAAACACGAAAUAUUGACAUUUUAUAAUCCCGAAAAUCGAACGCUGCGCAUAUCACAUCGAAUACCGGGACAUUCAAGGGCUCACUCUGUGUUGGCACCAUCAGAUCCAAACGUCCUGCUGCGCGUACCACGAGGCCUGAAGGGUCCCUAUCAGAUAUUUGAAUGUCGACGUACAAAUAUUUUGGGAACAUUGGUGCAGGAUGCCUCACCCUUCCUGUUUCCCUGCACGAUUGAAUAUUCUCUGAUAUGUGCUGCCAUCCUGUAUGUCAUGUGGAAGAGUAUCUCCCGACCACAGAUACCGAAACCCCAACGACCCGAUAUGAUAAGUUCACCGGUUAAACGAUCUCCACACCACUAUUCGGUGGACUGUGCCCGGGCCCACAAGGGCCUGUUUGUGGGUAUUCUGAUUUUGGUGCUGACCAUAAUUUCUUUGAUUCUAUUCUUCGUAUUGAUCUCACGACCGGACUUUGUGGCCUUGGCCGUAAUGGAGGUGACGAUUUGUGAAUUGUUUAUCUAUGGCACAGCAACAAUAGCCACGCUGGUGGGAAUGAUUCAAAUACGUCAUCUGCAGUACGAUGCCUAUCGCAGUUUCUCCUUGGAUGAUAUUCUGCUGGUGGGUGCCCAGACGGGUUCAUUUUUGUAUAACAUCUUCACAGUAAUUGCGGGACACUUUUCGCUGAGAAGUGAUGAUUGGCUGGUACCGCUCAACGCCUUGGCAUCCAUUGUGCAGACAGCGUGUCAAACUAUGUUUAUAUUGGACGCCAGUCGAAGACAGGCCGUGACACCGGAACAUAUUCGUAAGAAACCAGGUCGAGAAAUUGUUACCUUUAUGUUGGUUGUUAAUCUGGCCAUGUGGGCCAUCAGCACGCUGGAAAAGUCUCGGGCCGAGUCACAUCCUAUACAGCUGAAUUUCUAUGGCCUGUGGGCCUGGACCAUUAUCACCCAUGUCUCAAUGCCUUUGGCGAUAUUCUAUCGUUUCCAUUCCACGGUGUGUUUGUGUGAAAUCUGGAAGCGGGCCUAUAAACUAAAACCGACGUACAUGUGAGAAUUAGCCCGUGAGCGCAUUGCCAGCAUUGCGCAACAACAACAAUUUUGUGAGGAACUUAAGACCAACUUGUCGUAUUGUUAUUGUUCGACAACCAUAGUUGAGACCAUUGAGGAGGCGGACAGUAAUGGCAGUGGUAGUGGUGGUAAUGGAGUCGCAACCUCGAAUGGCCAUGGCAGGGGAAAUUGUGAACCAUCAGCUCCACCGGCUGAAAAAUGUGGCAAUGGCUCGGAAACAACAACUGUAGUGUUAGAGGGUGGUGGAAUUGGCACAGGCACCGAAGCCACCGAGGAGGAAGAUCUGGAGACAACCGAUAAUGAAACUGUCGUGGAAUCGAAGCAACAAUCGUCGAGGAAAUCAAGUGCUGGUGCUGGUGGCGGAGGCGGUGGCAAUGGUCGUGCAUUUUGUCCAGUCUACAUCAUCAAUGGUCAAUGAGUUUAUAUGCAACUGGAGUUCAUCGAUGCCAAUUCACAAAAGGAACUCAGCUUUGUUUAGGCUCAAUGUUGGAUAAGGCGAGAGAGAGCGAAAGAGAAUGAGAGAGAGAGAAAACCGAGCAAAGACACCGAUGUUCUAUGACUUCUUCGAAGGUGGAUUCUUUUGAUCUUCUUUUGUAGGCAUAAGGAAACUAAACGAAAGCAAAGCAAAGAAAAGAAAAAAAUAUAUAUAUCUAUCUAUCUACAAAAAACAAA